AUGGAUCAACUAUACACAGAAGAUGAAUUGACUGAAUUCAAAAACGAUUUGAGAAAGUUUAAGGAAAUUGGAAAUACUAAAGUUUUGGCCAUCGUAAAAAGACUUUUUAAUUGCCAAAUCACAGUAUAAUAAUUAUAAAACACUAAAAUUGCUUAAACUGUGUAAUCUCUCUCUACUAUGUCUUGCUUCGAUGAAGAUGAAGAAGGACAAGAAGCUAAAUAAAUAUGCUCUUAAAUUAUUAACAAAUGGAAAAAAAUAGUUUAAAAUGAAAAAAAUAAGCAAAAUCCUCAAGCCUCAAGCUAAAAAGCACCACAAUUAACUAAAUCAAAUUCACAAACUGCUACUUUGCCUAGAAGAUAAUCCUCUGGUUAAGGUUCUACUGAAACAUUUUUAACUAAUGAGGAACCCUAAUACAAGACAGAAUCAAAAACUGAUCUUCCUACUUAUAAAAGUGAUAUUCGCUAAAAAGGAUUAGAAGCUAUUAACAAAAUUUUUAUGAAGGUUAAAGAUGAUAUUAAUGCUUCUCCUAGAGAAUGGAUUGAAUUAAUUGUAAAUCUUGAAAAGAAAAUUUUCUCAAGAAAUUCCUAAGUAGUUUACUAUAAAUCUUAUAUUAAAGAAGUCCUUGGUAUGUUCUCUUCUAAUGAAGUUACCACUGAGGUUAUUUCUAAAAUGUUAAAUAAAGAAAUUUCACUUUAGGAUGUUGCUGAAGCAAAAACUAGUGUCUUCUUGACUGAUAGAUAAAGAGCCUAGCAAAAAAAAGCUGUUGAAGAUUAGCUUGCUACAAGUGAUCCAGAUUUUUAUAACAAUAUGCGUAGAUAGCGUUUACAAGGUCUAGAAGGUGAAUUAUGUAAAGGAUGUAAGAAAAAAACAGCUUUCUUAGUAAAAGAAUUAUAGACUCGUUCAUCAGAUGAACCUAUGACUCGUUUUAUGGAAUGCAAUAGCUGUGGUAAAAGUUGGAAAGACUGA